AUGAGUAUGGAAAAUACGACAGAGGAGGUAGAACCACGUGAACAAGCUGUGCAGGCAGCAGAAUUCGAGGGUGUCGAGGUUGCCGAUCAAUGGGAGCGGCCGAUAGAGGAGGGAGCGCUAAUAGAGGCCGGAGCGGACAACGGGGAGUUGGCAGAAGACAGUGCGAGCAGGGCGGGGCGGUUUACAGAGGGGCGGUUUGCAGAAGUGUCUGAUGAGAGCGAUUCGAUGUUGGUGGAUGCAAUCCCUAGCCUGGAAGAGCAGCGUGCAAUUGUGAACCGGUUGUGGGAGGGUUUUGUAAAGGAGAGCAGCGAGGGAGAUAAGAUGUACAUUGUCCCAAACAGUUGGCUGAGCACAUUUUUCGACCAGGAACAGACAGACUACACAGUGCUAGGGCAGCUCGACAUCAAGUCAAUCGUAGUGGACCAGGAAAACCUAAUUCUCGUGCCCUACGAAACCUGUCCAUAUACUGCGGUCCCAGAACCUGUGUUUGCGCAGUGGUAUGAAUGGUACGGGUUAGCAGAAGGUUCUUCGCCUCUUUGCACGUAUCUUGUCGAGAACACGCAAGGGCAGCUAGCUGUAGAAUACGACAGGCCUAAAUUCCGUCUCCACCAUCUUUCGUUGCAUGAGGAGUCCCAUGGUUACCACCAUUAUGGACCACAGAGUCCCAUAUUAUUCACAAUGUCGCGAUUGCACACCGUAGGCGAUAUGGUGUCCCAUGCGAUUGAAUUAUUUUGCAGGCGCGAGAAUCAAGCCAAUGUGAACGAUGUUUCUUUCCGGACCUGGUAUGUUGGGGAUUCGAACACAGGUCCGGGUGAGCACAGCGAAUACCUUGCUGCCAACUACAAGUUUACUCCCUCUGCCUUCAUUGAAAUACCUUCCAAGUACCUAUUCAAAAAAGACCAGUUUUCUCGCGCAAUAAAAAGCUUUGAUGUGCAUUCCUUUGACCUCGUAAUUGAGGUCAAGCAACAUGGGAAAGAUCAGCAUUGGCCCUCCAACUUUUAUGUUUACAACCAGCUUUUAUCAUCGAAGGGGACAAUCGGUCUGUCGAACUUGGGAAACACCUGUUAUAUGAACUCUGCAUUGCAAUGCCUUUUACAUAUUCCAGAAUUCAAGGAUUACUUUUUGUACAAUGGCUAUGAGAAAGAAGUUAAUAUUGAAAAUCCAUUGGGUCAUAAGGGCCAUAUAGCAUGGGCAUUUGCUUCCAUGGUACAAGCACUUUUUGGGAAGCGACACUCUGCUGCUACCAGCUACUCCCCCCGUAACUUCAAAAACACCAUUGGUCAUCUCAAUUCAAUGUUCUCUGGUUAUCAGCAGCAAGACUCACAGGAAUUCUUAGCCUUUUUGCUAGAUGGUCUACAUGAAGACCUCAAUAGGAUUAUAGAAAAGCCAUAUGUUGAAAAGCCUGAAUUGACAUCAACUGAUGAUACCGCCGAAUUCAAGGUUAUAAAAAAGUUAGCAGAUGACACAUGGGGAAAACAUAAACUCCGGAAUGACUCCGUGAUAACAGAUUUGUUUGUGGGUCUAUACAAGUCCACAUUGAUUUGUCCUGUCUGCAAAAAGACAUCUGUUACAUUUGAUCCGUAUAACGACUUAACAUUGCCGUUACCGGUGAACAGCACGUGGUCAAACAAAGUCCUUAUCUUCCCACACAACUCUCAUCCAUACUCGCUUGAAGUGGAAUUAAAGAAAACGGAUACAUAUCAGCAACUAAAAGAAUACGUUGCAAAAUGUGCCAAUGUCGACCCUGCCAAUUUAUUUGGUGCUGAGGUUUUUAACCAUCAGUUUUACAAUAAUUAUGAAGCACCCAAUUCAGAAUCCCAGUACCUACCAAUCCAUGAGCUGAUAGGCGAUAGUGAUGUGGUGGUUUUUUAUGAGAUACCGCGUAGCGAGGACAGUAUCCUAAUACCUGUCAUGAAUACUAUUAUAGAAGCAGGAUUCAAAUCUGCAAAACUCUGUGGAUAUCCUUUUUUUAUUUCCUUAACGAAAAAAGAACAGUCCCAUUAUGGUAUCAUACUGGAGAAGCUUGAAAACGCCUUCCUCAAUCUGUCUGGUGGAUUCACUGAAUUCCCAAUAAUUUCACGCAAAAUAUCGGAUCUUACAUUAGAAUCUCUGCCCUUACUCUCAGAAAAGAUUGCUAAUCCACCUACAAAAGAGUUGGCCGCUCAUCUAUCAUACAUUAAUCCUGAUGAAACCCCCAACAGGAUGUUCGAUGUGAAGCUAUACAACGGUUCAGGGAAUCAAUACAAUUCUAACGAUAAUACCGCGGACGAACCUGUACGGAUAAAGGAAGUAUGGACUCCCGAACCUCAUGUCACUUUUAGCAAAGUUUCGGACAUUACCGAAAGACUAAACCCCAUCGUCAAAGAUGCAUAUUUUUAUGCUGAACUGGCCAGCGCUCAUGAGCAACAGCAGUCGGCCAUUACUCUGCCUGAUAGCGGAGAUAUACUGGAUGAUACCGGGUUAAAUCUUCUGACCACCUCAACUCAGGAAGCUGGCUGUGUACAGCUGUCUUCUCCUAAUCCCGAAUCUGCUCAACUAUCGGAACUUGGUCCAACAAAAACAGAUAGUGUUGAAGCUAUGCAUUUACCGUUACCAUCUGACUCGGAUAUGGAUAUUGAGGUAUACAGUGAACUUGACAUGAAUAAGCAAACCCUUUCCAAGGAUCCUUCUCAAGCGCCGCUUACACAAUCCGCAUCUGCUUAUAGUGGUCCGGCGCCAUUAUUAGUCGACUUUCAGAAUGCACUAAUAUGCGAAUGGAAGUCUGAAAAGUACGAAGAGGUGUUCCACUCUUCUGUACCUUACUCUUGGGAACGGCCUGAUACCUUGAGAAAUGAGGAAUUAGAAGUUAUCCGGGAGAAGCGCAGAGCUAGCGGAGAGAAGAAGAUAACACUACACGAUUGUCUGACUCUCUUUUCCACACCAGAAGUACUAGGUGCUACUGACUCGUGGUUUUGUCCAAACUGUAAAGAACAUCGGCAGGCUACAAAACAGAUUGAACUAUGGAAUGCACCUGAUAUUCUUUUGAUUCACUUGAAGCGGUUUGAGAAUCAGAGAUCCUUUAGUGAUAAAAUCGCUGACACCGUUCACUUCCCAAUUACAGACCUUGAUAUGACCCCAUACCUCGUCUACAAAAACGAGGAUAAAGGAGAUAUUUAUGACUUAAUUGCAGUGGAUAAUCACUAUGGUGGCCUCGGGGGAGGCCACUACACAGCAUACGUUAAAAACAUAGAUGGUAAAUGGUAUUAUUUUGAUGAUUCCCGUGUCAGCGAGACCUUGCCAGAGAGAAGCAUAGCAGGUUCAGCCUAUUUGUUGUUCUACAGGAGGCGAGUGGAAUCUGGCUACUUAGGUACUGAGAGGUUAUCCCAGAUAAUUCUUGAAUCUAGACAAAAGCAUGAGCAAGUGUUAAAAAAGUUUAGCGAAGCUGUCAUUGAUCUGUAUUCUGAGAGCAAGUCCGACGAUGAAGAAGAAGAGGAGAAGAAUGAGGAGAAGAAUAGAGAGAACAGCUUUUUGAUGCCUUCAAGAGAAGAUGAAACGAAUGCUGGACAACAGGAAGAACCUUCUCAGCUUGAGACGGAAAGUUCGGUACCACAACCGGACAAGAAAGGAGCAUAUCCACUUAAAGGUAUGGUCAGCCCGCAUAGUGAAUACAGCAUUGCUAGUCUUGAAGUAGGAGAUGGCGAAAAAAUAGACGAAAGUGGAGAUAUUGAUCAUAAUAAUAGCCGGAGGAAACUCCGCCUAUUGCAGAAGACAUACAAUUCGCAUUCGUCUGAUGUAGCCACCUCUGGGUCGAGUUCCUCCUCCUCAACAGGCGCCGUAGUGGAGGAAAUUCAAGAGGCAGAAAAUAUAGAUCAUAAGAGGAACUAA